GAUAUUGAUCUUACCAUGAGUUAUCACUACAGGUUGGUUGGAGGCAGCUUGGCAAUCAAUAACCCACAUAAAAAUCAGGAUAUUGGAACAUACCAGUGUUUGGCCACAAAUUCAUUUGGAACAAUUCUGAGCAGGAAGGCAAAGCUUCAAUUUGCAUACCUGGAAAACUUCGAGACGAGAGCGAGAAGCCCGGUGUCAGUGAGAGAGGGCCAAGGAGUGGUGCUGCUCUGUGGAACUCCCCCCCACCAUGGAGCCUUGUCCUACACGUGGAUCUUCAACAAUACCACCCUGCACCUUGGGGAAGACAGCCGGCGCUUUGUAUCCCAGGCAACAGGAAACCUGUACCUGGCCAAGGUGGAGCCCUGGGACGCUGGGAAUUACACGUGUGCCGUGAGCAGUGCCGAGGCUCAGCGCCAGGUGUGGGGAGCCCCCACUGCCCUCAGCCUGAGGGGAGAUGGUGUGAUGGGGGAGUAUGAGCCAAAGAUUGAGGUGCGCUUUCCAGAAACAACCCACGCCGCCAAGGGCUCCUCCGUCACGCUGGAAUGCUUCGCCCUGGGAAAUCCUGUCCCAAGUAUUAGCUGGAAGAGGUCUGAUGGAAAAUCCUUGGCAAAGAAAAUCCAACACAGCAGGACUGGGGGAGUUCUUGAAAUCCCCAACGUUGAGCAGGAAGAUGAAGGCUCCUACGAGUGCACCGCAGCAAACACCCGAGGAAUAAACAUUGCAAGAGGUCAAUUAUUUGUCUAUGCACCCCCUGAAUGGGAUAAAAAAAUCCAAAAUGCCUUUCUGUCUCUCUAUGACAGUUUAUUUUGGGAAUGUAAGGCAAGAGGAAAACCAAGCCCUUCCUACAGCUGGUUAAAAAAUGGCCAGCCCCUGAUGCCAGAGGAAAGAAUUCAAAUAGAAAAUGGGACUCUCCUCAUCCCCAUGCUGAAUCUGUCAGACUCAGGCCUCUAUCAGUGCGUGGCAGAAAAUAAAUAUGACACCAUUUAUGCCAAUGCUGAGCUGAGGGUGAUCGCUGCAGCCCCGGAUUUUUCCAGAAACCCCGUGAAGAAGCUGUCUGUUGUGCAGGUUGGAGGGCAAGUUACAAUCAGUUGUAAGCCCAGUGCUUCUCCCAGAGCUGCUGUUUCCUGGAGGAAGGGCGCGGAGGUUCUGCGCCACAGCAAAAGGGUGGUGCUCCUGGAGGAUGGCAGCCUCAGGAUCUCCAACAUCUCCAAGGUGGAUGCUGGGGUUUACACUUGUGUCGCCACAAACCAGUUUGGAACUGCCAGAAACUCAGGGAACCUGAUUGUGAAAGAAAGGACUGUGAUCACUGUUCCCCCCUCUGACACAGAUGCAACAGUUGGAGAGAGCAUUGUCCUGCCAUGCCAGGUGUCCCACGACCCCUCCCUGCACGUGGGCUUCUCGUGGUCGUUCAAUGGCCAGAGGAUUGAUUUGAGCAGAGGAAUCCAUCACUUUGAAAGGAUUGGGAGGGAAUCUGCUGGGGAUUUGAUGAUAAGAAAUAUUCAGCUGCAUCAUUCUGGGAAAUAUGUAUGCAUGGUGCAAACUUCUUUAGACACUCAAUCUGCAACGGCAGAUAUAAUUGUGAGAGGCCCUCCAGGUCCACCAGAAGAUGUUAAAGUUGAACAUGUUUCUAGCACAACUGCUGGGUUAUCCUGGAAGCCUGGAGCAGAUAACAACAGCCCAGUGCAGAUCUACAGUGUCCAGACCAGGACUCCCUUCUCGGUGGGAUGGCAGGCGGUCGCCACAGCUCCUGAGGUCAUUAAUGGCAGGACUCACAAGGCCACCGUGGUGGAUUUAAGCCCCUGGGUUGAGUACGAGUUCCGUGUGGUCGCCAGCAACAGCGUUGGGAUCGGGGAGCCCAGCAGGCCCUCAGCUCUCCUGAAAACCAAAGCAGCAGUUCCCGUGGUGGCACCCACGAACAUCGGCGGAGGAGGAGGGAGCCGCUCUGAGCUGGUCAUCACAUGGGAGCCAGUGUCAGAAGAGCUCCAGAACGGGGAAGGUUUUGGCUACGUCGUCAUGUUCCGUCCCCUUGGCUCAACAACCUGGACCAAAGCUGUGGUGGCCUCGGUGGAAUCCAGCAAAUACAUUUAUAGGAAUGAGAGCAUCACACCCCUGUCGCCUUUCGAGGUCAAAGUUGGUGUCUACAACAACGAGGGAGAAGGGACCCUGAGCUCCAUUUCCAUCAUCUACUCAGGAGAGGAUGAGCCACAGAUGGCCCCGGCAGGUGCCUCGGCGCUGAGCGUGUCGGCGGCGGCGGUGGAGGUGUCCUGGCUGCCCAUCCCCUGGAACCGGCACACGGGCAGGGUGCUGGGCUACGAGGUUUUAUAUUGGAUAGAUGAUCCCAAGGAAAGCACAGCUGGGAAGGUCAGAGUCAGUGGGAAUGUGACAGCCAAAAACAUCACGGGCCUGAGAGCUAACACGGUGUAUUUUGCAGCAGUCCGAGCCUACAACACUGCGGGGACAGGGCCCUCCAGCACCCCCGUGAAUGUCACCACCAAAAAAUCCCCACCAAGUCAACCUCCAGCAAACAUCGCCUGGAAGCUGACAAAUUCCAAAAUCUGCCUCAACUGGGAGCAUGUGAAAACAAUGGAGAAUGAGUCUGAGGUGUUGGGCUACAAAAUUCUGUACAGACAGAACAGGCAGAGCAAAGCCCAUAUCCUGGAGACAAACAACACUUCAGCUGAACUUCUGGUCCCGUUUGAAGAAGAUUAUCUCAUCGAGAUAAGAACCGUCAGCGACGGUGGCGAUGGCAGCAGCAGUGAGGAAAUUAGGAUUCCAAAAAUAUCGAGUUUAAGCUCUGGAGCAAUGAAAUUAUCCCAAAGGAUAAACCAUACAUUGGCAUCUGGGAUCCUGCUGUUGAGUUCUGCUCUUCUAAGCCCUGUUCCUUGCUGGUUCCAGCAAUGCUCUGCCAUGGACUUCUAAAAAUAAAAGUGUAGAUUUUAUCUUAAUUCUUCACCAUAAGCAACAUUCCUGAGAAAAAUCAACACUGGGGAGGGGGAGGGAGGAGGAAGUGGUCUCUCAUUAAGAAAAUAUGAGGCACCAAAAUUCCAUGAAUUUCUAAAAAUAGGCUUGGAAAUGAAGGGGUAAAUCAACAUGCAUUAAUUAAACAGAGUGAUGCCAAACCUAAUUUGGGAUUGACACGUGGGUGGUCUCAAAUUUUCUCCAAGUAGUUGUUAUUGGAACAGCAUUUUAAUGGAAUGUCAACCUGUGCAAGCUGAAUGCCACGGAGGGGAGCAGAGAUUUAAAACUCUUGUGAUGUGGAUAUUAUUUAUCUCAUGUUCUUCGAUGUAUCCUGUUAAAAAAAACCCACUUUCAAUUAAAUAAAAGCUAUUUGUUUACUUUUU